AUGAAUCUACUGAAAGAAGAUGUACAAUUUCAUCCAUUAAUUGGACUAAAUUAUACACAAGUCAAUGUAUAUUUUGAAUUUAAUAAUUUAGUAUCGUUAUUAAUAAAUGAAACACUAGUGACAAAUGAUUUAAAUUAUAUUCGAAGUUCAAUUAUGUUAAGAACUCAUUUCAAAUAUUUUUAUUUCCCAUUACAUAUGAGAUAUGGUAGUUUUAUAGUUGGUUCGCUACUAGCUGUAAAAUUAUUAUUAUCAAGACAAAAUAUACAAAACAAUAAUACCGAUAAUCGUUUUAAAAAACUCAUUUAUUGUCUAUUAACAUUUUGUUUAUUUUUAAGUAUUAUAUGUCAAUUAAAAAUAACUCAAUUCAAACUAUCAGAAAUUAUAGUAACAAUUUUAAUGUGUUCAAUUCGACAAUUAGUUUCAAUUAUUUUUGCAUUUUUAUUAUAUACAACGUUAGUUGAUAAGCAACAUCCAUAUUAUAAGAAAUAUUUAAAAAAACUUCUAAGUUCUCAUCUAUUUACACUAUUAGCUAAAUUAAGUUAUUCUGUUUAUUUAUUACAUUCUCGCAUAGCAUCAGAUCUUGUUUAUAAAGGACCAUUAAAUAAAUUAUUAAUAGUUCAUACGGACUUAGCUACAGCAAUUUGUUUUAUGUUUACAUUAAUUAUAUCUCUAUUGAUUGGUUGUAUAUGGCAUUGUUUUGUUGAACAACCAUUUAUUAGAUUAACAAAUAAUCUUUUUCAUUUCGCCACUUCUCCAUUAAAAGAUGAAUAA